GUUUCGCAUUUCCAACCACGGCUGUGCUUACCCUGGCGGUGGAUCCUGCAGCGCCGCGCCUGGUCCGAUGGCCACGUAUGACGUGGAGGUUUCCAGCGCAAAGCAGUACAAAGCGUCGCGUUUUGAUAUUUGGGCCCUUGGCAUUACGAUCGUGAUUGGCGGGCAGUACUUUUCGUGGAACGUCGGCCUGGCAGCGGGCGUGUGGAGCAUGUUUGUGUCGAUUGCGGUGACGGCGACCAGCUACAUCUGCCUCGCCCUGUGCCUUGCCGAAACAGUGAGCGGGCUGCCGUUCGCGGGCGGCGCGUAUGGUCUAAGUCGGUGUUCGCUAGGCUUUUUUGGCGGGUACAUGGUCGGAUGCUGCGAAGCGCUCCAGUACAUCCUCUAUACCGCGUCGUCCGUGCUCGUUUUGGGCGACAUGGUAUUGGAGCUCGUCGAUCUAGCGCCAGACGACGUGCUCUGGUAUGUUCGACCACUCACGUGGGUGACCAUAUACGCAGUCGUACAUGGUUUGCAACGACGGAGCCAGCGGCGUUUUUGGAUCUGCAACAUGUUGUUAGCCCUGGUAUCCGUCGGCAUUGUGCUUGUGUACGUUAUCGUGUCGCUCCCUCACGCUAGCUACGACCUGUACGGAGGCGGCGAAGAGCAUUCCUUCAAAGGGGGCAUGCGAGCCUUCAUGGAGCACCUUCCGCUCUCGGCAUGGUUCUUUGUCGGGAUCGAGUCACUCAACACAGUCGCCAACAUGGUCGACGAGCCGAAGAGGAUCAUUCCAGCCGGCCAGACUGCGUGCGUGUUCACCCUUGUGGCCUCGGCUGUCAGCGUGUACUUGGUUGCGGUGUGCAUGCCCCCCGGCAUCGACUCUCUCCAAGCUGACCUUAUCGUGAUCCGCGGAGGCUUCGUCGCUGCAUUUGGCGCAGGUCCGUAUGUCGCGACCGUUCUGUCCCUUCCCGCAACAUUUGCCACCAUCUAUGGCUUCAUCUUCUUGUACUCAAACGUGCUCGCGUCCAUGGCCGCGUCCAAGUUGCUGCCACUCCAGUUCGCGCACCAGCACCCCGCACACAAGACGUUUCCGACGGCAGCGCUCGGUGGGUCGAGUGUCGGUUUGGGACUGUGCUUCGUUGGGCACUACUGCCCCAACAUCCGUCUGUACAAUAUUUGCAUGGUGUUUGGGUUCUCGGCAAACAUUGCGCAAGUGUGGAACUAUAUGUUUGUGCGCACGAAGUUCAAGCACUUGUCGUGGUCGUUUCGGAGUCCAUUGGGGAUGUUUGGGGCUGUCGUCGCCAUGGCGGUGUCGGCCCUCCAGCUCGUGGCGCUGCUCGUGUUUCAGCCGAUGGAUGGCAGCACUGCGUUCGUAGUGGGCGGCGUUUUCGUCGUCCUGACACUCGCCUACGUCGGCUACAUCCGCGACACCCAGACGCUGUCGUCCGAUGAGCACCGGGUCCUGUUUUUCGCCCACAUUUCCAAAAGCAACAUAUUGAAGCAAUCGAUGGCUAAGCGACGCCAGUCCAGCUCGGGAAGCCUGAAUGCAAUUUUGCGCCAUGGGCAUGUUGCCGAGAGAAGAGACAGCGCCACGCGAGGUCCUUCCAUCGUCGUGCUAAAAAAGUCCGAUUCGUUCCUGCCGUUUCUGAUGAACAUGGCGCGAGAUUCGGGGCACAGUCGAAAGAAGAUCGCCCCUUUCACCCCUGGUGGCCCCGUCGUGGUGCCGCCGCCGACAGCUCCGACCCAGGACGAUCUUGUCCCGCCAGAGCCGAGCCCGACAAAGCAAUCGUAAUGAAAACCGUGACAUGAGCACAAGGACUGUCGUGAGGGUCCAUGGCACGCAUCUCGACGGACCCCAACGAGCCUGAACGUCGCGACGUUCCAAUGUUGAUCCUGUGCUAGACAAAUUGAACACACAUCCCAGCUCUCCCCUGGUCGAGUGCUAGUCGGCUCACUAUGCCACAGCAUUGGAAUGGCUGCAUGCAUUCCCAGCUCUAGACGCGGGAGCUCUCCAAUAUUCGCGCAGCACAAGGCGGUCGACGGCUUU